AUGGCUGUGCCUUCUUCCCCUUCAAGUAACCUCAAUAAGCGGUCCAUUACCUGCCUCACAGUCGGGCAAUCAGCAACGGCGACCUGGACCAAUAGCGCCGGCCAAACUUGUUCUUUCGUUGGUGUGGUUGGGAGCAAUUAUGGUGCCAACAGCGCAGGCCAUGGGGAUGACCCAAACUGCGGCGACGCCUACAAUGCGGCCGUUGACGAUUUCGCGGGAGGGCUUGUCGCAGGCUGCUCACAGACGAACCCUACAAACUCGGUAUCUCCUCCAAAUUCCAGUCCUGUUUGUGCCUGA